GGAGGCGUUACCUAGCACCAACUAGAAUACGAAGUACGUCAAGUUCAAAAAUGUCGAGAAGCCACCAAACAAGGCAUAACGCUGGUCCCUGAGAUUGAGAUAUUUAGCAUUGUUUUCCACGCAGAUUUAAUGACCCUAACGCCCUUGAAAGCACCAUCAAGUAUUUAGUUCCACAACUAACAGCCUCCCCGUACCUGAGCAUCGAAGUCACUCACCCGUACCAUCUCCUGUCUUCCCUCGCGAUGGGUGAUUACAGCUCUCAACCAAAAGCCUUCACUAUCAAGGAUGAGCCCAUUGAGAACCAGCGCCCGAUGAGGGUGAUUGUUAUCGGUGCAGGCUUUUCCGGCAUCUACACCACGAUCAGACUAUCUCAGCGACUCCGAAAUGUCUCCAUCCAGGUAUACGAGCAGAACGAGGAAGUUUCCGGUGUUUGGUGGAUGAACAGAUAUCCUGGCCUAGCUUGCGACGUGCCCUCCUACUCUUACCAGUUUUCCUUCGCUCCUAGUCCGUACUGGUCUUCACUGUACGCUCCCGGGCCUGAGAUCCGGAAAUACAUGCAGGGUGUCGCGGAGAGAUAUGGAGCAAUGCGCUUCAUCAAGGUAUCUCACGCUGUUCAGUCCUGUACUUGGGACGGGGGUCAGCGAAAUUGGAAUGUUAAAGUCAAGAACCUCAAAACAGGCGAAACCUUAGAGGACACAGCCGAUGUUAUUAUAUCCGCAAAGGGCGGGCUCAACCAGAUUAUGUGGCCCAAGAUUAAGAACCUGGAGAGUUACCAGGGAAAACUCGUCCAUUCGGGCGCAUGGGAUGAUAACUUGAAUCUCACACACAAACGAAUCGGCGUCAUUGGAAAUGGGUCCAGCGCGAUUCAGAUUGUUCCGACGAUUCAAAAACUGGAAGGUACUAAGGUAUGGAACUUCGCACGAAGUCCAACUUGGGUGUCAACCUCCUUUGGUGAUGCUGCUAUGAUCAAGCUCGGGCUGGAUCCGAGCGACACUAAUUUUUCCCGUAGCCAACAGGAAUAUAUGGCAACAAACCCCGAUCACUUCCACAAGAUGCGUAAAACGCUGGAGAAUGAGGCCAGCAGCAAGUACCUCUUCUCGCUCAAGAAUUCGCAAAGUCAGGAAAUUGCACUCAUCAAGUUCCAGGAUCAUAUGAAGCAGCGCCUUGCAAGUCGCCCCGACUUGUUCGAAGCGAUCAUUCCCACCUUUGCGCCAGGCUGCCGCCGCCUCACUCCUGGUCCUGGAUAUCUCGAGUCACUCCAGAAGGGCAAUGUGACAUUCUGUAAUACGGCCAUCCAAGAGUUCAACAGUACAGGACUUAUACUCGAAACUGGAGAGCAAGUUGAUCUCGAUGUUGUCAUCUGUGCCACUGGCUAUGACGUUCAAGCUCCUCCAACCUUCACGGUGACGGGGCGCAACGGUACAACACUCGAGGAAAGGUGGAAGCCUCUGCCCGAGUCCUACCUGGCAGUUACAGUGGACGGAUUUCCCAACUUUUUCAUGAUAGGUGGACCAAACUCAAAUCUCGGGUCUGGAAGUCUCCUCAGCGUGUUUGAGGCACAAGGAGACUACGCAGUCAAGCUCGUUAGAAAGCUUCAGAAAGAAAGCUACAAGACGUUUGAAGUACGAGCGGAACGCGUAGCCGAUUUCAGCAAUUACAUCGACGAAUACUUCAAGCUGACCGUCUAUACGGACGAGUGCUCAUCGUGGUAUCGUGCGCACGGCAACAGCGACAGGAUCAUUGCCCUUUGGCCUGGUUCAUCAUUGCAUUGCCUUGAGGCCCUGAGAUCACCGCGUUGGGAAGACUACAUUUGGGAGUCUGCAGAGCCUUCAGGCAAUCUAUUGCGUUGGUUGGGCAACGGCAACACUUUGGUUUUAACUGAGGGCGACUCUUCGUGGUUCUUAGAGGAAAGGUACUUAGACAUGCCGAAGGAAGAGAGGCCUGAGGAAACCGAGAUCUAUCAGCGGCGUCCGUUCUCACAUUAGAUGUUUCAGAUCAAGAUUUGGGUUCGUUCAUAUCUGCCAGAUUCGAAUGUACUCAUCACGUUCCAC